AUGCCUGAAGUAUCUUCUCAAGAAGCUUCAUAUGUGAAAGCGCAAGAAUUGGAGAAGAUAAUUUUAUCUUCAAGCAGUGAAAGUGAUGUAGAUGAAUGCGAUGCCAGCAGAAGCCUGCAUCAGCAAGACUCUGAUGAUGAUGAAGAAGAGGAGACUGUUCGACUGUCAGUUUAUUCUGAUGUUGCUGCUUGGCCAGUUCCAGAUGUUUUAAGAGUGGACCUUAUUAAGAGGGGAAGUGAACCUUUCCAAAAUAGAGAUGGGCAAUUCAGUCCUGUUGAAAGGCAAGGAGAGAAAUCGAAAUGGAAGAGUCGACAGUUGACCACUGCAUGGUUCUAUAAGGCUCUGCCUAAUGGCGAAAAAAUUCUUAGAACGUGUAUGGUGUACUCUCCUUUAAAACAAAGUUUGUUUUGUUUUUGCUGCAGACUUUUUGCUGUUGAUGACAAAGUAACAGGGGCAUCCAGUUUUGUUACUGGGUUUCAAUUGUGGUGGAAGCUGAACCCAAAGGUGUCUGAUCAUGAGGCUCCUGAGCAGCAUCUUACAUGCUUGGAGAAAUGGAAGACCUUGAGAGCAGGAUUGAAGCUACAAAAAUGCAUUGAUCAUGUCCAUCAAACAACAGUGGACAGAGAGAAAAGGAAAUGGAGGGAUAUUUUGCAUCGCCUUUUGGAUGUAACUUUGUUUCUGGCUCACCAGAAUCUUCCUUUUCGUGGUCAUAGAGAGACCAUGUCAUCCGCAAACAAAGGCAACUUCCUCGAAUUGGUAGAAUUGCUCUCAAACUAUGAUCCCAUUUUAAAGAAACAUUUCAUGAGGCUGAAACAUGCUGUUGCAUCUGGAAAGAGAAUGACUUCCUAUUUCUCUCCAAAAAUUCAGAACAAAUUAAUUUGUCUUUUGGGAAAUCAUGUGAAGGACAAAAUAGUGGCUGAUAUCAAGAAAGCAAAGUACUUUGGGAUUCUUUUUGACAGCACCCCUGAUGUGUCCCACACUGAUCAGAUGUGUUAA